CCCAGGAUCGUCAUCAAGCAUGCGGCCAACACACCAAGCUCGCAUCGAAUCGGCGGAGAAGGCAUUGGAAGCCUACCGCCAGGAGCGCUACCAGGGUAGCGCCCGAGUCCGCCUGGAUUGUUUGAAGUUCGAAAAUGGCUUCGGCCGCUUGAUGGAUGACGGCCGAAAUGCCCUCCGACUGGAGCAGAUCCUCGAGAUACAAGGGUGCCUCCGUAUCAAUCGAGAGUACCAUGUGCCCGUCUUGGUCCAAGCCACGGACUGGGGCUCCCACAUCAGGCUAUUGCCGUGCGACACGGAGCCGUUUCCCGAGCUGAUCGUGCCCUUGAACACGUCGCUUCGCGCCUUAGGCCACGGGAAUGUUAUCGCCGCAGCGCGAAAAAAGCUCUACGGCGAGAACCGAUGGUGGGUGGUCGAUGUGUAUGUGGAGGAUCCCAGUAAGUUGUCUCUGAAGUCAUUCCGAGUCUCAGCGUGUGUGCUCCUCCCCGUUCACCUGCUAAGCAUAAGUCGCCAGAUGAGCAACCACAAAGACAAACUCUCCAUUCCCAUCUCGUCCGCUCGCUCCGGGAGCAUUUUCCAAACCAAAGCCGACCGCCGGACGGGUUGAUCUACGAAAGAAUUCGGUUCUAUCAAGGGAAGCUGGGCCACCCGCCGGACGAAAAUGCGGAGGCGGUAUGGUGGGCCAUCCUC